UCAAACAUCUUUGAUUAUAGAGUUGCCCUGGGUCGAGUGGCGGCAAAAAUGGAAGGCAAAAUGGCUGAGGGAAGUUCUUCGCUGAAGGAGUGUUCCUCUUUAGAAAAACAGGAGGAAAGUGAAGGAAGAAGAAUGGAAUCAUUUAGAAAAGUAAUGAGAAAAUGUUUGGACAAAAUCAUGGCUACUGGAAGGUAAUAGAAGGGGUGUAUGUAUCGGCAUGUGACCCUACAAAUGACGAGCUGACUUGCUCUAAUGCCGUACUUAAAUUCCCAAAGCUUAACUUUACUUAGAUAUAGGAUUUAAGCGUAUUAAACCUUUUGUCAUCUUCGCNGCGGGUGGAGUGGUGGGGGGGGGGGGGGGGGGGGGGGGAAGGGAGAAUUGCACCUGAAAUAGGUGGGGAUGUUCGUCUUCUCACGUAGGGAUGUAAAUUACGAAUUUUUGGCUCACUAUAGGCCCUGUAUUUAUGGAGAAAAGUUGUUCCGGGAAAGAGGGUCACCCUUCCAGCUGAAUCAACUUAAGCGAGCAUCUGUAUGAGAAAAAGUUGACCCCUUUGCCUGAGCCAAGAGCUGACUGUUUUUCAUAUUGUCCCUCUUUGAACGAGUUGAUCCAUCUGGGCAAGUCAAAUGGCCCCUUCCAUUCAGCCCAAAAUUCUGGAAAAUUUUGGUUAGAAAUCAAAUGGAACAGACCAUUUUGGUUUGGUUCAAUGGGAGUAUUUGGGACCACUCUUGAAGGUGGAGGUGUGUGUGGCUGAGGGAUUAACACCUUGAACUCUGGAUCAGGAGGUCUGGGGUGCAAGCCUCACCUGUCAUGUUGUUUCCUUAGACUAGGAACUUUACUCCACCUUAUCUCUCUUCACCCAGGUGUAUAAAUGGGUAUCAGUGACAUACUGCUAGGGGGUAACCCAAUGGUCUAGCAUCUCGUCCAGAGGGGAGAGGCAAUACUCCUGGGCAUGCUUCUUGUUAGGGAAACCGGGAUAAGCUCUGGCCGUUCGGGCCUUUGGCUUGUGUGCACCUUUACCUUACCUUUGAAGGUGGUCCACUUUGACCUGGUCCAUUCAUAUCUCUUUCCAUUUUUCAAAAUUGUUUUGCACAGUACUCCUCUUUUGUAUCCUUCCUACAAGUACAGUAACCAAAAAUGUGGUUGGGUUUGUUCAACCAGACUGUACCAGUUCAUUGAGCUCGUUGAGUCAGAAAUUUCUAACCGGAAUUUUGGUUGAAUGAAAAUGGCCUGAAAUGUGUUUUUCAAGAAAAGUUGGCACAGCUAGUUGGGUGACCUAACCACUGAAAAGUGGUGACCCUGCUAGGCAGACCUCCCUUCAAGCAAAGCCAACUUUUUGUUUUUCAUCUAAAUGGUUUUUUCAAAUUUUGUAAGGAAAUGUAGGAAAAGUUGGCUCACCCAGCCCAUGUAAAGCUGUUAUGAGAGUCCCUGUUAAUUCUGUUGAAAAGACUGGUGGCUAGUGAUGUCUUGAGUUUAAAUUAACAUAAAUUUGAUUUAGCCACAUUUAAUUUAUAAAUGCCAUACUUGGUGGGUUGAACUUUAAGUAACUCCACUGGGUUAUUUCUCUGGGCUAUUCUGAGGAUUUACCCAUAGACCUGGAUGGGUGGGUGCGUGCUGGUGAGACCUAGAAACCCUUAGUGUAUACCAGACCCUGUUCAGCUGCAUUCUUUACUAAUAAUCACUACCUUAUCCCAGACCAGCCCUAUCAAGACCAUGCCAAUGCCUGUAAGUUACAGAGCAAAUACUUUAUUAACUGAUCAAUAAUUUUUCUCACAUAUUAUUCCCUAUUCUAAGACCAAAACAUUUAGGUUUUAAAACUGCUUGGAAAUCAAACCUUGAACAGUGGCACUCACCGAUCACCUGAUCCUUGUUGAUCCAAUCCCCCCAAAAAAUGAAACCCCACAUCCCCUUGUUACCUUCUAAUGGUCAUGGUUUUGUACAUCCUUUCUUUUUUAGUCAGGAGAAAUUUAGCAGUUGUUUUACAAGUAUCAGAGAAAAGAAUCCUGUGGAAUUCAGAAGUAUAACUGAACAACUGAUGCAGCACCUGCAAAAUAACAUAGAGGUAACCUAAUUUCCUGUUACAGUACUCUCUCAAAGAUAGCUGCUUGGUGAUGGAUAUGAUGCCUUAGUUCUCCAAAUCCUGGCCAUGCCUCAUUGUUGCUAGUUUCAUGUGAAUUUAGUAGUGUAUGGAUAUUUAAUCUGUGGUUCUGUCAGUAAUAUUGCUUUCCAAGCCCUGAUUUGGACAGUUCACUAUUACCAUUUGACAUUUUAGAUUUUGCCAUGUUACCUGCUUAGAGACUUGAUGGGAAAUAGUUUAAUUAAUAGAUUUCAUGUCAUCUCUGCGUAACCAAAGAGAACAUGCACAUCCAGGAACCCAUAACAUUGAGUAAGCAACUUCCAUGUACUUGUGUCUCGGCACUUUCACUGAUUAGUUUAUUUUUAGAAUGAUUUUGGUGUGAGAUUAGAAUAUCUAAACCAGUCAGCAAUACCUCAGAAAUGAAAAUGGUAUUUUAGACCUUGUAAUGACGUUUAGUUUUCCUUUUUCAUGUCUUAUAAUUCAAAUGCAAUCCUAGAGGGAGCAGUGAUUCCAUUUUUGCACGGAAAAGAUGCUCCAAUGUGUAUUAAAAAAAAAUGGUCAGUGAAAACACCAUGACAUAGGCCUAGUAUGAGAGUUGCUCACCCCAGGUCGUGGGCUCCUGACACUAGUUUACUAAUGUUUUUAUUUUAUUUCAUUUAUUUUAUUCAAUCACACUGUUAUAAGUUACAGAAAGUACAUAAUUACAAUAAGGAACAUUAAUAAAGAGGGAAGCAGCAUGCAAAGAAAGUAGUGUUCGAUAGCCUGUGGCUAGUGGAUUUUGGUAUCAAGCUAGUGAACUCUGUUGUUAACUUGCUCAACAGGCAAGUGAUAUUUUUUGAGCAAUAGGCCAUUAAAUUUGCAUGAUGGCGUCAUUUUACUACUACGACCAGAAUCCUUCAGGGUAUUGCUAUCUUGUGCAAAUUAAGGCUUUUGUUAAUUAAACCUCACUGGGACUACCAAAUUUAAAUAUAAAAGGAAAAACGAAAUGAAUUCUGGUCUUAGUAGUAAAAAGACGUCAUCGUGCAAACGGCCCAUUCGAAUAACAGAAGAACUACGAAAUCAAUUCUGCUCGUCAAAAAGCGUCUAGGGCUAGUUGAAAUGAUGUCUGGGCUAGUAAGUGCUAGCUUCAGCUUGCCCGAAUGGCAAGCUGUAAAAAAUGAUUUUCUUUGUACCCUGGGGAAGUCUAGAUGAAGUGCAUCUUACAUCUCAUAUAACACUUUUUACAAUUUCGUUUAAUGGCCUGGCUGUAUAACAAACUAAACUUCUUCCCUAGCAUCUUAAAGCAUAUCAGCUUUAUAAUAUAUUUUACAUAGAGUUUUUUUCUAGCUGGUAUUGAAUUCUAUUUGGUUGGCAAAGUCUGAGAUUAAGUGCUUUGUUAUGAAUUUUAUAAGAAUAAAUGUAAAAUCUCAUAAAUAAAAGAGUGUAAUUUAAUUUUGCUGUAAGGCAGCCAUCGUUGGGUGAAUUUUCGGAAAGUCCAAAUAAAGAUUCUUUCAAUGAAGGGAGUAAGGUGGAGUUUUUCUUGGAGUUGAACCAUCUAAUUUCACUUUCUCUGAAGGACUGUCUGAAUUGACAGUUAAUACUAGUGUAUGAGUCCACAGAGGACUUAUUCUUCUUACUAUGUGCACCCCAGAGCCAGCUUAGCUAGGUCUUUGACAUGUCAGUGUCCAAAAUCAUCACAGGUGUGAUGGAUGCUUUGUCUGUCAAUCCCAAAAGUCUUACUCAAAGAAGAGCGCAAAAAAAAUUAUGUAACAUUAUUUUACAAUGUUAGCCAAGCUGAUUACUGGGUUUUUAAUAUGAUCCUUCCAUUUGAUUAUAGAAAGAAAUUGAGUUGAUGAUUAAGCAAGAAGAUCUUGUGUAUUUCUUCAAUGAACUUGACCGCAUCAUUGAAGCUACCACCCCCCCCCCCCCCCCCCCCCACCAAAUCCACUGACAAGUUAGGGCAUACAAAAGAUAAGUUUGCUGUCCAAAAGCACUGCUCCUAUUGUAACUCUGCAUUAUUGUAAUUAAUGCAAUAAAUUCUCCUCAUUCUUGUAAAGAGGUUGUAUCUCCUUCUCCUGAUAGAGACCCCUUGUUCUCUUUGGGUUGUCUUUUUGAGACUUUCACCAGAUUUUUGUGUUUAAUUCACAGGAGGCCUUCAGGAAAUCCAGACAAAGAUAUCUGUGACCAUAUCAUGCAAGUUAAGUUAGCUUACAAAGAACAGCUUACACACAUCCUUCAUGAGGUAAAAUUACAUUGAAUAUGAGGGGUUAUUAAAAAAAGAAGUUAAAAAAUUAACCUGAGAUCAGGCUCUAUUUUCGUUUCGCUUUGAAAAUUACAUUCCGGCGGGCGAGGCGAAAUGAAAAGAGAUUGGUAGCCGUUAGAGAGAAUGUAUGAGAACUGCUAACAUUGGGCCUGAUCUCAGGGUAUUAAAAAAUAGCCUUCAUAGGGGUAUUAAAAGUUAGUGGUAACCCAGUGAUGUUUGUUGUGGCCCACAAAAUAAUAAGGAAAAAAACAAACAUUUAGAAAUUAACAACAACUGGCCAGAGACAAAGCUGUCAACAACAACAACAACAAUUUUUUUUAAUAAACAGAUAAUACUGCAGAGGCAUCGCCGGCAGCUAGCAAGGCUAUUCGAGGGGGACAAUGAGUGCAAAAUAUUAAAUUACAACCAUGGCUGACUAAGGAAAGUUUACAAUUUACACUUGGUUUUCUUUCCUUAGUUUCUCAGUUCCAGUCAUAAUCAUAGUUAAAAAAUAGUUUAAAAAUCAAGAACACGUCUGACCAUUACGCUUUUGGUAACAGUCAAAUUGAAUUUGUCAGCUAUUUACACACGUGAACGAGGAGUGGAACUUGGGACUACUGAGUCAGAGCAAAUUCAGCUAGCAGCCGUAGGAUUGUCACAACCAUCUUGGCAUGUGCGUGGCCCCAACAAUGUUGGAAGAGCUGUGCAAAGGUAUCCAACUUUGUUGCACUCCCCUUCAGCAAUCAUGGAACGAAAGAAAUGUUGCCCAGGAGUUGUUGACCCAAAAGUUGGACCAGUUUCAAACUUUGCACAACAACUCCCAACAACAUGCGACAGGGAGUGCAAAUGGAUGUAACAUGUGACAUCCAACAAUGUUGGGAGUUAGUUGUUGGCCAACAAUAUUGUGUCCAUGAUAGAUGAAUUUGAAAUAAAUGUUGUUUCCAUUUGCACUGGGCUUAAUGGCUCUGUCCUGCUGCCAUACAAUCAUUUAUUAUUUGGUAGUUGAAGCCUCUCUCAAGUUAAUGGAAUUGACAGGUUGACGAAUUAUAAUAUCUUGAAUGUCAAGUACCGGCAAGACCCAUUCAAACUGAUUUAUUACCCUUUUUUCUUUUUCUUUUAGCUUGAAAGUAAUAAUGAGAAGCUGAACGGUGAAGUUCUACCCAAAAGAGAGAAGUUGAUCGAAACUGAAAAACAAUUGAAUGAAAAGACAAAAGAUUUAAGAGAGGUAACAACUUUAAUUUUUAUCAUGAACAAGAUGGAGUCAGAACACUGUUGUAACCUUCCUUAAUUUUCUGUAACAGAUUCUCUCUUUGGACAAUAAUAAUAUUAUUGCAGUGGGGUGGGGACAGUCUAUUAAAUCCUCCAUAUUUCAGAAACCAGGGCAAACUGUCUGAACUAGAGAUUAAGACAGUGUCAAUAUUUCAAAUGUAAUUCUAUUAAGGAAAAAAUCUUUGAAAUCUCAGAAGCAGCAAAUGUUAAAAUAAUGACUAUUACUCCACCCUGUCACACCAUGACAAGAAAGCAAGCUCAAUCUAAAAAAGUGAGGCUCUUUCAGGGUUCUUGGUAAGUGCCAUCAUUAAGCGGUCAACUUUUUGGGGAAAUAAGGUAGAGUGAGAGAGUGAAAGCCUGGAAUUGCCUACAGCACUCAGUUACCAAGCCGCCUACUUUUACAUCCUAGCUGUCUACUUUAAAACUUGAGGAGGAUCCUGUUCUUUAAUUUGUGGAAACUGCUGUCAGGAUAUGCAAGCUUACCCUGGGUGCCAGAGGGUUUUUUUCCCGUUGUUUGCUGGCACCCACAGUAAUGCAAGCUUGGAAUUGACAGAAGUUGUGAAAUACCAAUAACUGAUUUGUUUGGGAUUGCAUCCACAGGCAGCCAAAUACUGCAAAGAAAACAGCGUACAGGAACUACAUGAUCAAUGUGUGAUGCUCUCACAGAAAUGA